AUGCCCUGCCUCCUUUGGCUGCUCCUACUCGUCGCUCAACUUGGCGCCACUCAGAAUCACACUGGAGUUAGGAAUUCAUCGCUGAACUCGACCAGAAACACCGAUGAAUUCGGCGCAGGCGAAGAAGCGUUUGAAGCGGCCGAUUCCCGGCUCGACCAGCUUGAUGCGAGGCUAUUUUGGAUUGAAAAGAUCUACCUCUUCGUUUUUCUGGCAAUUCUCGGCCUCACCCUGCUGUGUGCGUGUGCCGUUAUUGGUGUCCUCGGCUACAUGAUCAUCAAGCUGCAAAGAGCCCUCAAAUCCACGACAAUCCCAAAAUCCCGGGACACCGCCGGGCCGCUGAGUUCGGAUGUGGAGAGCGUCGCUCCGAAGCACUCCACCAUCAAGGAAGCCAAGGUGUCGAAGGCUACAAAGGAGCGGCAUAACAAGCCAAGUCGCGUCGACUCUGUCAUUUCGCGGGAUGUCGCUACGAGUACCAAAGCGAAGCCAGUGAAGUCGGCAAUCUUGAUGAAGCCGAUGAAGCCUCUGAAGCCAGCUAAAGGUGGACAGCGUAACGCCUCGACGAGCACAAGCUGUUCGAAGAUUGAAAAAUACGAGAUUGAGGACAUCUACGUCGACAUGUCGAUCGGUGGCCCGCGGAAGCAGAAAAAGACGCGUCCGCAUCCCAGCCCGCCACCUCCGCCCGGUCCCAUGAAGUGUCACGCCGCCACGAGCACCGAGCACGCCAUCCUCUGGGGUUCUGAGCUGGGCACCAAUUCGUGUCGCGAC